AUGGUACGAUUUACUCUCUUUUCUAAGCUCCCACCUGAGAUUCGCGACGGGAUAUGGCAAUUCUAUCUACCGCGCCGCGUUUUGGAGGUUGAUCACCCAUUCUCGAGACAUGCUGGUGGGAGGAUGCGACUUGGCAAAACGCUCCAGAUUCGCAGCCAGCCACAGUAUCUGCCGCAACGGCCCCAGGCAAAGGAACACUACGUGAUUGCGGCACAGACCGGAGAGACGUUUCGCGUGGUCUUCAUGAUUAUUACGAUCCACCUCACCCCAGCCCAGGUGGCCAGCUCUGGAUUGUUUUGCCAUCUGGGCGGUGAGAUUGUCAAGUUGGUUGACUUCGAUGACGUUUUGCGAAUCUCAGAGGCAGCCGGAGAAUGA